AUCUUUGCGUUAGAGGCUUGGUGCGGACGGGUCGGGUCAAGGAGUCAGCGUCUGCGUUAUCUUUCUCGACGAAAAAAAAGCCAUGGGACGCAAGAAGAAGAAGCCAGCAAAGCCGUGGUGUUGGUACUGCAACCGAGAGUUUGAUGACGAGAAGAUCCUCAUCCAGCACCAGAAGGCGAAACACUUCAAAUGCCACAUCUGCCACAAGAAGCUGUACACGGGGCCCGGGCUGGCAAUCCAUUGCAUGCAGGUUCACAAGGAGACCAUCGACAAGGUUCCCAAUGCGCUGCCAAACAAGAACAGCGUGGACAUUGAGAUCUACGGCAUGGAGGGCAUCCCCGAGGAGGACAUCAAAGAGCACGAGCGGCAGAAGCAGGAUCGUGGAGGAGGAUCGGGCGACGAGCAGGACGACGAGCGGCCCGCGAAGCAGCCGGCGUCCCAGGCCCCGGCAGCCCAGCAGUCUGUGUUACAGGCGCAGCAAGCGGCGGCCAUGGCGGCGGCCCAGAUGAACCCGGCACUGGGAGCUGCACCAAUGGGCAUGGCGGCGGUCAUGCCCGGCCAUCUGGGACCCAUGCACCCGUCCUUAAUGGCAGGCAUGCCCGGUAUGCCGGGCAUGCCCCCCUUCGGAGCACCGCCGGGCAUGCCUCCGGGCAUGCCCCAUCCAAUGGCGCCCCACCACAUGGCAGCCAUGGGAAUGGCACCACCAUUCAUGGCACCAGGUGGUAUUCCGGGGGCUCCCAUGCCCAUGAUGGGCGGGCUGAUGCCACCACCACAUCCAGCUCCACCCCCACAGCCGCCUGUCACCCAAGCACCACCCAAGCCUCUUUUUCCAGCGGCGCAGGCGGUUGCCACGGCGACUACCACAGCCACGAAGCCCACUUUCCCUGCGUACAGUACGUCCUCGCCAAGUAGCACCACUGGAUCAUCCACGCCGACAUCCACAACAGAGACUGCGUCCAGUACGCCUCCGACCAGCAGCGCAGUGGUCUCCGCACCGCCGGACAUCAAAAAGCCGGCGCUUGUGGUUCCCGCCGGGGCUUCCAGCAAGAUCAUCCAUCCAGAAGAAGACAUCUCCCUGGAGGAAAAGCGCAUGAAGCUUCCCCAGUAUCAGACGGCCGAGUCGAGCCCACCUGCAACCAAGUCAGCAGCAUCUCCCUCGGCAAGCGCAUCUCCGACCGUCAACGGAGGCCUCCGACCACCGGUCCCCCCGCCUCCCCCUGGCAUGGCCCCCGGCAUGCCACCGGGUGUUGCUCCGGUGCCGUACCGACACGCGGGGGCGCCACCCAUGCCGUAUCCUCCGCAGCCCGGUGCCGCGCCUCCCAUGAUGCCCCGGCCAUUCUAGGCCGCCAUCUCCGCUUUGUCACUGUCAUCAUCCAUUGCUCUAUCGUCAAUGCCACGGAACAGAUAAGUGGUCGGCGACAUCGUCUUCCUCUCUCCCCCUCCCCUGCAACACACCCUCCAGGGGUGGGGGUCUGAAGAGGGGGAGACGGGUCUGCUGCUCAACAAGGUUUGUUGCUGUGGCGAUGUCUCCUCACCUCCGACCAACUUCACGAAGUUCCCUUCACUGACACACGCUCUUCUCUUUUUUUCUCUCUUCCUGUUCGAAACUAUGCUCGCUGUCAAAAACCUUUUUUUCUGUGGCCGUCAUCAACUGUCUGCGGGCACAAACGACACAGUAAGUCUCAAAGCAGGCAAGUGUUUCAUUGUUAAUUGUAUAUUAUUUGCACUUGCGCCCGUAUUUUUGAAGAUUAGAACCACAGGGAAGUGAACCGUGCGCGCACGCACACCAGUUGUGGGGUUUGUGAUCAAGAGACGACGUGGUGUUCCUGCGAACGAGCUUGUGCAGUCAAGGUAGGGGUGUCAUGCAUUGUGUGCUGUCAAGGUAGGGGUGUCGCGUGCCGUGUGCCGUCAAGGUAGGCGAAACUACAUCAACCUGCGAAGUUUCUUGUGCGUUAGGCGCUGUGACUGCAGUGAUGUGAUCAUCUGGAAGAACACUCCAAGGUUUGUGCAAAGGAAGUCAUCCUUUCUUUGCCCCCGUUGUUUGUAACGACCAUGCAUUGUUUUCUUUUUCUCAUUUUAUUUCAUCACCUGUCCUCCCAUCUCCUGAUCCCUGUAGUGUGUGAAUGUGAGAAAAUGCGAAAAAGCACUUAUUUUGCUUGGGCUUUGUAAUUCCUUCUGCUUGUUGCCAUUUUAUGCUCAGUUUUUCCAUUGUCACUUGCGACGACGAGUGGCUUUCUUGAACUUGUGUAAGCAAUAAACGACUCCCUUUUGACUC